AUGCGUGUACUAACCUGGAAUAUAAAUGGAAUUCGAACCAUCCCACAAUACUAUCCAUGGAACACGCUCAAGGAUACAGAGGCUAUACUCAACCACCUAGGGGCGGACAUAAUCUGCUUUCAAGAAAUGAAGAGUAGCCGUCAGGCACUGGAGAAAUCUGCUGCUCUGCCUUCAUCCUACGACGCAUUCUUCUCAUUUCCUACCAACAAAGGCGGUUAUAGUGGCGUCGCUGUCUACACUCGCAAGACCAAUGCCGUCCCUCUGAAAGUCGAAGAAGGCCUAUCUGGUACACUCCCGGCACCAAAAAAUAUAGCCGUUUCCAAAUCUUUGCCACAAGUAUGCAGUGAACGGAUCUCCAACACAAGCGUCCUGGCUUCAUCGAUAGCCCUGUUUCCCGACGUCAACGACGCAUUUGACGAACCCCAAUACCCAGUAUCUCUCGCUCAUCUUGACAUCGAAGGUCGGUCACUAACGUUGGAUUUCGGGCUUUUCGUCCUCAUCAAUCUAUACUGCCCCAACGAGACAUCUGAAUCGCGCUUUCCUUUUAAGAUGAAUUUCCACCUUAUGCUCGAGGAGCGGGUGAGGCAACUUACCCUGGUAGAAGGCAGGGAGGUUAUGGUCACCGGCGAUAUAAAUAUAUGUGCUGCGCCAGAGGAUCACUGUGAAGGCCAUAUACAAUCCAAACCGGAUAGGACCAGUUUGCCUACAGAAGAAGACUUAUCGCCAGGGGAGGGUUACAUGUCGAAAUAUGUGGACGACCGCUGGAAAGGUUCUGGCUUCUGGAAACACCCUGCACGAGAAUGGCUUCGACGUUGGAUCGAUAAAGACAAUGGCAUACUUGUGGACGUUCUCAGGUACUUCUGGCCCGAUCGGAAGGGAAUGUAUACAUGUUGGAACACCAAGAUAGGUGCUCGCGCAAGCAACUAUGGUACUCGCAUCGACUAUUUCCUAGUUACUCGAGGUCUUCUACCUUGGAUCAAGUCAGCAGACAUCUCACCAGAAAUCAAGGGCUCGGAUCAUUGCCCUGUGUGGUUGGAGUUGCACGACGAAAUACAAGUCACGGACCACAACGGGAGUCAACGAACGCUACUCCUCAGGGAGAUGAUGCAGCAAACCCUUGAUCGGACAAGGGAGCCCCCCUGGUUAGCUUCCAAAUGGUGGGACGAAUAUUCGGGAAAACAGAAACUAUUGUCUGCUUUCUUUCAGAAGGGUGACACUGCCCGGAGCCUAGCCAACCCCUCGUCUUCCGGCGGAAUCCAGGGAGGUGAAUCGCCCUCGCCCACCUCCUCCCAAAAUGGGUCCACCAUUAGCACUAGCAAACGUAAGCUGACGAUCAAUAGUCUCCACGCCGUCAACAGCACCUCCGGAAAACAGAAACGCCCGAAAACGGCAAGAUCGAAAACCGAAGUCAACCAGGCAAAGCUAUCGAAUUUCUUCAGCCUACAUACUCAAGGAACUUCGUCAGCAUCAGCCCAAGAGGUAGCCGGUGAUACGAUUGCAGAUACAGAAGAACAGAUCGACGCUGACUACCAAUACGCCCUCUCUCUAUCUCAAGAGCCUUCCCAGGAGCGUGCUUCCGGCAAAAAUAGCAAGGCAGCGUGGAGUAACAUCAUGGCCCCAAUUAAACCUCCGAAGUGCCUCAUUCAUGGGGAACUCGCAACGGAGUACACGGUGAAUAAGCCUGGUCCAAAUAAGGGCAAAAAAUUCUUUAUCUGUUCGAGGCCUGUGGGUCCAGGGUAUGAUAAGGGCAGAAGCGAAAGGAAUAGGGAGGAUGUAGAUCCGCAAUGGCGGUGUAAUUUCUUUAAAUGGUCCAGUCAAGUUCGCAGGGAGAUGGAUUUGCAGCGGAAGUCAUAG